ACAUAUACUACACUUUUAUAAUGCCUGCUACUGUCACGGCAGUCGCACGGCUGUGUGUUAAACUCUAGUGCACAGCUUGGGGUAAGUUCUGGUUUUUUCUUUUCUUCUCCAAGUGAGGCCAACAUGGUAUGAUGAUGGAAAAAGUGUUGGAGACUCAGUUGGAUAACAUACACGAAACAGUCACCAGCGAACAAAGAUCAGGUCGGCAGGACAGGGUACACAGCUCCGACGACGAUGUUUUCCUCACGGGUACCACUCCACCCACACGUCGGUCAAACGUCGCUACGUUUGGCAAAAGUCCACCACUCAUGUCUUCUACGAGUCCCAGAUUGGCGAAAUCUUCCUCUCACUUCAGUGACAGCAACGGCAAAGUCCGUCCGCACAGAGGCAAGACUUCGUCCGUCGAUGAUCGUUUACAAGGGACCUUCAUGCACCCAGCUGUAUCUGCUUCUGCUUUAACUUCGGGGACAACUACAACAUCAACUUCAACCGCGGUGCCUGUCUCAGAGGCAGACCCAGUCCACUGUUCUGCUAUCAACUCUAACGAGAAACAUGACAAGACGGGCGAGUCUAGUCCAACAAACACUGGAUAUUUACCGGAUCAUAGUUAUGGAGGGGCCACAUAUUGCAGACAAUCUCGACCCCGUGGUUCUAUCUUUGAUGAUUUACUGUUUGAAAUUUAUGAUCAGUGGUACGAUAGCUACCGAGACAGCUUUGAUAGCGACACAUUUACGGAAUAUUCGAGUGCUGCGGAGAUACCACAUUAUUACACAACGGCCAGGUGGGAAUAUAACUUGGAAAGCGAAGAUAGGAGGAUAAAAAAAUUCAGCCGUGCUUAUUUGGAAAACCAAGGUGUCGAGAAACUCAAAGAAAUUGAAUCCGGUCUCCGUUAUGACAUCAAUCAAAUGUCGGCCAGAUUGGUGCGGCAAUUAAAGAGGAGGGACCAUCGAAUUGCCAAACUCAAUUGCAAUUUUGACCUUGUCACAGCCUUUUUGCAAGCAUCUUCUCUGAAGCGCCGAAUUGACACCAGAAUCAAGUUUAGCAUUGAACCACCAUUGGUUGGUGAGAACGCCUACGAACAAUGGGUAGAUGCUAUGAAAGGGGUUGCACGACUCCCUCUCGGGAUCCCUGAGGAAUUCAGAAGAAAGGUGUGGCUGAGUUUGGCUGACCAUUAUAUCAAAGAGAUCCAUCUGGACUGGGAGAAAACCGUGCGAUUUGCUUUUAAUGAUCGCUGCAAUCCAGACGACAAUAAACUUGGACUUCAAAUUGUCAAGGAUCUCCAUCGGACUGGUUGUCGCAGCUUCAGUGGCCAUGACAACGAGGAAGAACGUGCUGUUCUGAAGCGUGUCCUGUUGGCCUAUGCUCGCUGGAAUAAAAAUGUUGGUUACUGCCAGGGUUUCAAUGUGAUAGCGGCAUUAUUGCUGGAUGUCUUUGAUAGGAGGGAAGAUGAAGCAUUGAAAGUUAUGGUUUACCUCAUCGACCACGUGCUACCUGACAGUUAUUUUGCCAACAAUUUGCGUGCCUUAUCUGUUGACAUGGCUGUUUUUAGGGAUCUGCUGCACUGGAAGUUCCCUUAUCUCUCUCAGCACUUGGAAAAUCUACAGAAAGCAGCUCAGGAAGAAGCAUCAGGGUUAAUAAAGCCUAUACCAUUUAUACAACAGUUUGAAUCAGGUGCCAUCUAUGAGCCUCCAUUAACCAAUGUCUUCACAAUGCAAUGGUUUCUGACUCUGUUUGCAACUUGUCUUCCAAAGAAAACUGUUCUCCGAUUGUGGGAUUCUAUAUUACUGGAAGGUUCUGAGAUAUUACUACGAGCAGCAUUGGUAAUCUGGAACAAACUGUCCAAGAGAAUAUUAAUGGUUGGCAGUGCUGAUGAGUUCUAUACUCUCAUGGGUGAACUGACCCAAGAAAUGGUCAGUGGGGACAAGUUCAGUCCGGAAAAGUUAAUAAAGGCAAUCUACUCAAUAUCACCGUUCCCAUUUCCACAACUGAGUGAGUUACGGGAGAAAUACACUUACAACAUUCGCCCGUUUAGUGGCACUGCUAACAGUGGUAAGAAAGUGAACCAGUUUGAUGGUGGCGUGUCUAUCAGUGACGAUGACCUCGACGAAGAAGACAUGGAAGCCAUCCGCUGUUUCACUGGACUCUUCAACCUCCAAUCUCUGAACUCGGCAAACAAGGCAAAAGGUUUAGAAGGAGACGUAACCAGCACUGCAAACAGCAACUGCAAUGAUAUCUCAAUGGUAGGACCUGGUAUCUACGGAAUGCCUUCAGUUACCGAUUCCAACAACCUGACAGUGAAUCGAUCUUCGGCCUACAUGACAAGAAUGACGACUGAUUUAAGUGCCUUGAAGAAACAAUACCAAAGGCUGCGCCAAAGACAAGCUCAAGCCCAUAUUAUUUUGUCAGCUGCCAAUACUUACCAACAGAAGUCACACACAGAUUUCAUCACGCCCACAAUUGAGUCGCCGAAAGCUAUGAACCAUUUAUUUAUUGGACGAAACGCUCUGAAAAAACACAAAAAUAGAUUCAUAACUGCAGGGCCUCGUAUUGCUUGUCAAGUUCCUUCAGGCAGUGUUCCAGGGAAAGCUGCCAGCCUUUCAGGUAAAUUCCGUUCAAAGAGCUUCGAUAGCCAUUUUGAUCCAAACCAAAGUUGCCAACCAACUGAAACUCAGAAAACAAAUUGCUCAAGAAGAUCGAACUCUGAAAACACCCGUCUCCCCGAUGCACUGCAGCGAUUGCAGUCUGCUGACAAUCAUAAACUUUCAAGUAGCUCCCAAGAUAGUCUUCCCCAAGACGACACCAGUGGUGGUGGCACAAGUGCCAGUGUCGCCACAGCUGUUGUGGACUUGGCAUCUGAUACGACGUCCUCGAAGGACGACACAACUGCCGUUGAAGACACUGAUGCUGGGGAUAGCUCCCUUGCAGAUUCUGUAACGGCUUCACAAGAGAAUCCACAGGCUACCAGUGUUGAAAACCUUGCACACACGGCAGAUAUUUCCAUAAAAGACAGUCAAGAGAACCUUAAUCUCACAGACCCUCAUUCUGUAAGUGAAUUACUACAUUCCAUAUCUGAGAUCUCUGCAAAUAAUUCUGAAGAUCCAGACCCCACUCAGAACAUUACCAAUUUAGAAACCCCAACAACUGAUCCAGCAUCUAUUUCUAACGGUCCUCCUCAAACUGUGGAUUCUGGGCCAACCAUCACAUCUGCCUCUUGUCACGUUGCUAAUGGCAACGAAGACAAUGAUCACAAUCAACAUUCUUUAAUUGCCUUUGACAAUGUUCCUGAGCAUCUUGAAGAUGCUUCACUUGUGGUAACACCUGUUUCUCACCUGGAAGAUUCUGACGCAAAAAACAGUCUAGAGGAACAGGUGAGCCAGUUACUUCGAAGCCCUUCACUCGAUAGCUGUAACAAUCUGGACUUUUCAGCGCUGUCCGAGGCCUCUGACGAGGUGAGCAGUUUGGCCAGCUUCUUUGAAACAAAUAGUGAAAAUUUCAAAGUGUCAGGUGACGACGAAAAGACACCUUUAUCGUUGUCGCCAUCAGAGUUAUCUUGGGAAACUGUUCCGAAUCCUCCCCCUUCCAAAGAACGCUUUCGUUCGCAUUCGUGCUGUUCUCCUGACACGCUCUCACCGACUGAGAAAAUUGGUAUCAAGUUUGGUGUGGCUCGAAUCAACGGAGACUCGUGGUGUCAUCAGAACAUGAUGGAAUAUACCCGUAGCAUGCGGCGACGGUCAACAAAGAGCGAAUGCCAACUUCCAAGCAAUAAUUACUCAACUAAUUCCAACUCGUUAGAAUCCCUCAACAGCUUCACAACAGACAGCAAAUUUUCUAGUCGUACUGUCAACCCCAAAACUCUAGCCCAGCAAUCUGCUGCUGAUCCUUCAGUUUAUCUCAACCGGCACUGUGCUGUCAAUGGUCUCAAAUUAGGAAUGUACAAACCUUCUAUGUUAGUUCGUGUGAAUAAAAAACAAAAGCCAAGUUUACAGCGCACCUUCAGUAAGAGCUGACUGCUACAGCACACAAGCUGAUACCAAAGACUAUUCGUAACUUUAAACUAAAUUAAGACUCUUGCAGAUCUUGUCACAGAUAUC